AUGCGGAGACAGAAGGAGGAGUCGUUUGUUAUGUUCGCUCAUCGACUGCACAACACGCUUCAGUUUUACUUCCAAAGUCGUGAAGUCGAUUCAUUUCAAGGUGUGGUAAAUUUGAUUUGCGCCGACCGCCUGAAGGAACUUCUUCCGAAAAACGUGUUAGAAUUCGUGUUAACCCAAGAAAUGGACGACUGGAUGGGUUAUGAGGUUUUAGCAAAAACAGUCGACCGACACGAGAUGAAUAUGAAUAUGAAGAUGUCCAGCCAACCAACGACAUCAAAGCGACCACCUCCCGUUUUUUAUAAAAACGUGUCCAAUGAUGCCAGAAAAGAGGACCGGUGCUACAGAUGUAAUAUGUCAGGGCAUAUCGCAAGGUUUUGUAACCGAAAACCGACAUCGACCGCGACGCCAAAACGUAUUCUCAAAUGUGAGGUUACUUCAAAACCGAAAUGGCUACACGUCAUAACGAAUGAGAGUCAACAAAGGGAAAGUGCCAAGGGUCAUACAGGCGGACAAGCUCUGAUUGAUAGCGGAGCGGAGGUUUGUUGCAUUAGUGAAGAAUUGUGUGAAAGUUUGAACCUGCCAUUGGGAGGUAAGUUAAUGGUAAGAGGUUUGGAACCAGAGGGUAAGGAGGUAGAUGGUAUAUCGAUAAAUCUGAAACCGAUACCAAGUGACGAAAGGUGUAGGGUUAUGGCUCCUGCGGUGAAGGUGUGGUGUGCAGUGAUACCAAGUUUGGUAGAAGGUUUAUUGAUAACUCCAGGGGUGGUAGAGUUAUUAAACGAAGUCAAGCACUACGAGGUUCCCAGUCCUGUGAACGAUGAUGAUGAGCAGAGGGUGGGGGAGGCAAUGUCUGACUGUGAUGUGGAAGAGUGGUCUAAUCAGGAUGGGGAUGAGAUAACUGAUGAGGUUGGUAGAGGAGAAGGGUUGACAGGUACCGACAAUGGGAUAGAUGAAGAAGGUCAUGACGAGGCGAUAAAUGUUGACGCGAAUGAGGUAAUGGUAAGGAAAGAUGACGAUGCAUCAGAUGAGGUAGAGGUGCCAGAUGAUCCGAGUCGUCGUAGUCGAUGUGACACUGUUGAGGAGUCGGGGGAUAUAGAGGGAUCAGCGGAGGUUGCGGGAGAGGUCUUUAAUGAUGGGAUAAACGGUGUGGCUGACAAAUUAACGAUGAUUAAAGAACAAACGAAUUGA